AUGGCGGGCACUGACCAGAAAUCUUUUUUGGGGACCUUUUCUCCGUGGAAUACUCCCAGAAGCUCUACCCCACAGCCCGCAGAUCGCCCUCCUUCCGAUGUCCUGCAGCGAUCGCAAGGGGAGGAUCACACCGUGACCCACAGGCACAAAUUGGGCCAGCGCCAUUAUCCCUCCGACUGUCCCCCACUCAGAGUGAGAUGGUAUUAUGCCGUCGAUUCGCCGAAACGGAAGCCUACACUGAAUGACCAGAAAAAAGCCGACCAGAAACCGCUGCCCAUACCUAAGAAAUUCAUUCCCUUCUCCCCAAAGGAUUCCCAGUCCAUCGAAACCGCGUUUCAGAAGCUUGUCGAGAUCGAGGAUGCCCAGGAUCAUGGCCAGACGCAGCAAAAUAGUGGUAUCCAGAGGAAUGCCACCAAGGUGGCUGUGAAUGAGGAUUAUCUCUUUGAUGUGGACGUUGAACAGAGGGAACUGAGCCCGGCAUAUUGGAUGGGGCCCGUCUAUGAAGUACGACGGGGAACAUGGUUCUUUCAGGAUGGGUCGAACAUGAAACCCUGCGAGGAGAAUCUGGCAACUCAACUAGAAGAGGGCUAUCUGAAGCUACGUCCAUGGCGGACCGAGGUCACGGAGGAUGGUUCACACGAGAAGCUCGCAGCAUCCGGGCAAGACCGAUCCAAUGACAGCGCAGACGAUAAGGUGGGCUCUCGACCAGACAUGUCCGCAUCACAUUACGUGGAAUCAACCAAAUCACCUCGCUCCCGGGGUACUGGGAAUAUACCCCCAACAUCCGCGUCGGAGUCUCGACAGUACCGUCUGUUUGGCGCCUAUAUGAAUAGGAUUGUCGCCUAUCAAGACGCUGCAACGGCCUGGGUGACCAAUGAUGAUUUCAUGUCUCGUGUAAGCACUACCGUAUAUCAAAAACUGGGGGGCGUCCCUGGAACAAAAGUGGUUCGCGGUCUGGUGGAGCCGAGACGCCCAAGAGAAGCAUCUGACUCUCGAGGGUCAGAGAGAAAAGCAACUGAGAAAUCAGGAAAGCAUGGCCCAGAGCCUCCAGCCUCUGAACCUACAACGGUAACUGGUCCCGGACCCGUGGACACGCAGGGACUGGACAACCCCACGGAAACCGGCUCGAUGGACAGACGACCCCAGUCAACCCUAGAGCGGCAAAUGUCAUCCUUGGCCGGCGAGCCCCAAAAUCCCGCUGAACUGGAGGAGCAGGCUCGUAGGCAGGAAGAACAGGAGAUGGAAGACCUGAGGGAGGUUGAUAGUGAAGAUCGAGAACGAGAAGUUGACCAUCUGAUCCUCGUCACUCAUGGUAUUGGUCAACGACUUGGUCUACGGCUGGAGAGUAUCAAUUUUAUUCAUGAUGUGAAUGUGCUUCGCAAGACGCUUAAAAAUGUCUACAAAGCGUCGCCGGACCUCCAGGCAUUGAAUGGGACAUUUGCAGAUCGUGAUGGUAAUUGUCGAGUUCAGGUUCUUCCGGUCUGCUGGCGUCAUCUUCUGGAUUUCCCCUAUCGCGGUGUCAGGCAAAAUCGGAAGGAACUCGAUCUAACCGAUGCUGAUACUGUCGAGGACGAUGCUUAUCCAAGUCUUGCGGAUAUUACACUGGAGAGUGUUCCCGCCGUUCGGAAUCUCAUCUCAGACCUCGCAAUGGACGUGCUUUUGUACCAAAGUGGGUAUUGUGAACAUAUUUCGAACAUCGUGAAACAGGAAUGCAACAGGAUUCUCCGGCUCUACAAAGAGCGCAACCCAUCAUUUAAUGGCACCGUGAGCCUUUGCGGUCACUCCCUUGGCAGCGCGAUUUUGUUCGAUAUUCUCUGUCACCAGCCAAACGCUGCCGAGGCCACCAAAGAGGCGAAAUCGACAGCACAUGGCAGCGAAGACUUUUCAGACCAACAUAAAGAGGAAAAUGCUGAGCUGGCUUUUGAUUGCGAGGAAUUCUUCUGCUUGGGAUCACCCAUCGCUCUAUUUCAAAUGCUCAAAGGGAAGACAAUUGCCGGGUAUUCACCUCUGGGCGCGAGAAACCGCAAGAGUGCUUUGGAUAUUGAAUUUGAUUCCCAUGCGCUCAAUUCUCUCAACUCUUCCAAGCGGGAGUCACAAAGUCACAUGGGCCGAAAUUUCAUUGACAACUCUGCCAUUAUCUCUGCGCCGAAAUGCCGCGAUUUGUACAACAUUUUUCAUCCCUCUGACCCAGUGAGCUACCGCCUUGAGCCUCUUGUUUCUCCUGCCAUGGCCAGUCUCAAGCCUCAGCCACUUCCGUCCGUCAAGAAGAGCCUUUGGACACAGUCGGGCCAAAGUCUAUCUAUCAUCGGAUCACGGAUGGGCCAGAGUGUGGGCUCAUUGUGGAGUAAUUUCACUUCCGGUGUCGCAAGCAGCUUGUUGAACCGCAGCUUAGGUUUGAAUGCUGAUGAGGUCUCCUCUGCCGUGAAUGCCGGAAGCAGGCCAUCCGACGACCGAGCAGGGCAUAAGCGUACACAGUCUGGGUCGCCUCAAGAUUCCUCCCAAAGGUCCGGUGAUCAUCCUCAGACACUGAUCGACUCCGACCUCGAGACUUUGUAUGAUGGAUUCCAGAAAAGUCGGGAUGGUCAUAAAAAGGAUCGCUCUGGCUCUAGCUCCUCAGGGAGUGAGAAUCAUAUGGACUCAGAAGAUCAGGAACGAAAGCUCAAGUUUGAAGAUGCCAAAGUACGCACUUUGAAUUCCAAUGGCCGGGUAGACUACAGUAUCCAAGAGUGA